AUGGUCGGACGAAGGAUACAUAUGCAGAGCAAGGAUGGAGAAGAGUUGAAGCUGUUUGAAUGUCUUGGCGCAUCUCCCGUGCUGAAAAUUUACCUUCAACCUGCAAAUCCCCCGGUUUAUCAACUGCCUCCAGCUCCAUCACCCCACCACGGCCCUCCAAUUGCUUCCGGCCAAUUUCCAGUAAUAUUAAUUUGA